ACCUUCAUUCUUGUCUAGUCUCUUGAACUGAACGGUCAUUUAUUCAGUGUAGUCCGACAUCACAAAUGGCAACGAGGAUUUGAAACAAAAAUGGCGGCCGGAUUAUCAUUUCGAAAAUUUGUACCCGAGGAGGAAGAAUGGCAGCUUUUCCGGGAACAACUGGAGGAAUUUUUCAGCGAAAGUUCCAGCGGAAAGCAAAGUGUCAGUGCUGGUGAAUUGUUUGGAAGCAAGGACCUACAAACUGCUUCGCGAUUUGAGCACGCCGGAUUUGCCAUCAACGAAGACGUACGAGGAGUUAUGCAAGCUUUUGUUGGUCCAUUUUACGCCGACAACAGUGAUUCACAAAGAGAGGCGUCAGUUCUUUAACGCGGUGCGAGGCGAAAAUGGGCCGGAGACGGUGAAAACCUGGAUGGCAAGAAUCAAACGAUUGUCGGCAAAUUGCAAAUUCGGUGCAAAUUUGGAACAUAACCUCACUAAUAAAUUUAUCGGUGGUUUGAAAGGAAAAUCGUUUGACCGUGUAUGUGAAGAAGAUGAGACGAUAACAUUGGAGAAGGCGAUGACUUUAGCGUUGAAAUACGAGGAAGAAGACCAGUGUCACGAGCAGGCUGUCAACUUGGUUCGCAGAAGUCAGCCAGAAAGAGAUGGAACAAAAAUCGCUGAAUGUUACGCGUGCGGUAGGAAAGGACACCUGAAACCCGAUUGCCGUUUCAAGAACGCUACCUGUCGCAACUGUCGAAAGAAGGGCCACUUGCAGGUGGUUUGCAACGUGAAGACCAAGCAUUAUGUCAAAGAAGCAGCACCAUCCGACGUAGAAGAAGGCGAUGACGGGGAUACAAUCGAGUUGGAGCACAAUUUUUUGAAAUACUCGUUAUAGUUUUUAAACCGAAGAAUAAUUCAAGACAUGUAAAAAAAUACAAAUGUAACAUACUAACAAUGACCGAGUGUUCAACGGUGUAAUAUUGGACCCCACCAGCCGUACAAGAUUGUUAACACGCUUAACGUGGGAGUGUUGUGUAUAGGUUGGUAACCCUACUGUUGGCAUCACUAACACUAUUAUAUAAGCAAAACCAUGUAUCACAUAUGAGUCAAAUAAAACCUUCAUUCUUGUCUAGUCUCUUGAAC